ACGGAGACGACUGGAGGCACCGCGACUGGAGCGAGACGAGCGUUUUCAUGGAGGUCCGUAAGCCGGUUCUGGAGCUGAAGGAUGUUCCUCCCCCUCCCCUUCACAGCACUGCCACAAAACCCAUCCCACUACAGCAAUCCUGUCUCUGCCCUCUUUUGGAACCCCGCCCCACACAGCUGCAGACAGGCAACCUAAGCGUAAGCGUGUGUUCGUGCUGUGAAGCGUCCGUACACCUGCGGCAGACCUCCAGCGGGAGUGCUGAUGUGGACACUGGUGGAGGGUUUCCUUUGUAUCUCUCUCACUCGCCGACAGACACCCGCUCUGGCCCUCACCCCCCCUCUCUUGACCGGCGGGGCCCGGAAGUGCCAUUGCAGACCCCCGGAAGCUUUGGGCCACUCUCUGCCUCUGCUACACGCUGCCACGCGGCCUGCUGCACGAGUCUGCGGCAGACACGCAUCUGUCCGUCUGUGUCGGGUAUCUGCCACUGUCGUGGAGACGCGCGAGUGCAGCAACACUCUUUUUCACGUGGUGACCCCCCCCCACCCACUCACCUCUGCUCUAACUCACUACACCUCAGUGUUGAACGCACCCCACUCUGUGUGACAGGCGCGCACUGUUUGCAGGACUGUUGGAGGAAGAGUUUGGGUGUCGACUCCGAGAAUGUUUGGCCAAACAUUCCUCCUCCCGUCCCUGUGCCGUUGUGCAACGGCUGUGGGGUGACUGGAACGCCCUCUGAUGGUCUGCUGGGUGCCCACCUCAACAAACCCACCAAGAAAUAUGUUUCUCCAGAGAGCGGCACACAGGAAGCGCUGCCACCUGUCGGGGUUUUCUGGGACAUCGAGAACUGCGCGGUACCCAGCGGGCGCUCUGCGGCGACGGUGGUGCAGAGACUGAGAGAGCGAUUCUUUCAGGGUCACCGUGAGGCUGAAUUCAUCUGUGUGUGUGACAUCAACAAAGAGAAUAAAGCUGUUAUACAGGAACUCAACAACUGCCAGGUGACAGUCGCCCACAUCAACGCUACAGCCAAAAACGCAGCGGAUGACAAACUGCGGCAGAGUCUGCGGCGAUUCGCAGAGACCCACACCACCCCCGCCACAGUCAUCGUUGUUUCAUCCGAUGUAAACUUUGCCAGCGAGCUGAGCGACCUGAGGCAUCGUCACGGUUUCCAGGUGAUUCUGGUUCACAAGAGUCAGGCGUCAUCUGCCCUCCUGCAGCACGCGCACCAGCGCGUCCCCUUCGAGGAGUUUGUGUCGGAUCUCCCGCCUGGAAUGAUCAUCAAAUCACAGCCCAGUUUCAGUCUUCUGUUUGUGCAUCGUCUCCCCACACACUGUGACACCAAAGCUGUCACUAACCGUCUGCAGCGCCUCUCCAAUAACUGCGGAGGGAAAGUGUUGGGCGUGUCCGGUGGCUGUGCCGUGCUCCGCUUCUCCAGCAUCAACGCGGCCGAGCGCGCCCGCAAACGCAUGGACAACGAAGACGUCCUGGGUCACCGCAUCAUGGUGUCUUUCUCGCCCGAUGGCCCAGAGGAGGAAGAGGAGCAUCGGCGUCCCGCCGCCUCCUUUUUGCCGUUCCUCCCUGCGGAGAAGGCACGGUCAUCCCGUCGCCUGCGGCGGGCGUCUCGGGCAAACUACGUCCCUGAGCGCCCAUAUAGCCCCAGGAGAGCGGGCCACGCCUCCUCGUGCAGCCCAGUGAUGAAACUCCUCCCCCAGGCAGUGUGUGGUGCAGUUCGACCUGCGUCUGCGUCUCCUCAGAGUCACAGUCUUGUGUCUGCGGCCAGUAAACCCGUGGAGCUGCUGCAGCGCGGACGGAGAUGUGAUUCUCCUGGGCAGCAGUUUGAAGUCAGCACUCCUUCAGCGUUCAAUAAACUAAGUUUGCAGCGCAGUUUCAGUCCCAUCAUGCUCUCUCAGAGCUCGUGGUCAUCACGGAGCGCAUCACCCUGCCUGUCGAAUCGCUCGUCUCCGCUGAGUGUUGCAUCUCACAGCAGCUGUGCCGAGGGCCCCCUGGAGCCGUUCUCUGAUGGGGCCGAUAUUCAGGUCACUAAUCUGGACUACAGGAUGUCUCGUAAAGACUUGCAGCAGAUACUGAGAGACACUUUCGCUAAACACGGCAGAGUGAAGAGUGUAGAUCUGAGUCCUCACACAGAUUAUCAGUUGAAGGCACGGGUGCACAUGAGUUCAUUGCAACAGGCCAUCGGCGCCGUCAGUCUUCUGCAUCGCUAUAAAAUCGGCAACAAGCGGAUUCACGUGUCGCUCAUCACUGGAGCCAAUAACAAAUCGCUCACCUGUCUCAGCUCCGAGAUCAUCAGUAUUCUGCAGGAUGCUCCAGCAAACUGUCUCCCACUCUUCAAAUUCACAGAGACUUAUGAGAGGAAGUUCAGUCAUAAGCUGGUGGUGAGUGAUUUGUACCGUCUGCCUGAUCUGGUGUGUGUGCGUGAGCAGGGCGGCGGGCGGCUCGUGUGUCUGUUGUCCAGCUCUCAGGCUCGACAGAGUCCGUUAGGAUCCGCACACUCUCACGACGGCUCCAACACCGCCAGUCCUGUUCUGUUUGAAGAGCUUGAGUACCAUGAGCCCGUCUGCAGACGGCACUGGACCCAACAGGACUUCAGUGAAUCGGAUUUUGAUCCGGAUUCAUACACGAUCCCAUUUGUUCUGGUGUCUCUGAAAGUUCUGGCUGCUCAUGUGCACAGUUUACUGCAGAGUCAUGAGGGAAUGUUACCACUGCUCAGUUUCCCAGAAUGCUAUGCUGCAGAAUUCAGUCCGUUGACCCUUGUGGAGGAGGGGGGGCAGGAUGGGAGUGUCCCGCUUGAACAUCUCAUUACCUGCAUCCCUGGAGUUACCAUAGUAAUGGCCCAGAAUGGAUUUAAAAUCAUCAAAUGGAUUCAUAACAACCCCCCUCCACCCAACGCAGAUCCGUGGCUGCAACGCAGUAAAAGUCCUGUUGGAAACCCACAGCUGAUCCAGUUCAGUCGAGAGAUGGUGGAUCUGAUGAAGAACCAGCCGUCCUGUUUAAUGCCCAUCACAAAGUUUAUUCCAGCGUAUCACCACCAUUUCGCCAAGCAGUGCCGCGUGUCGGACUACGGAUACUCCAAACUCCUAGAGCUGCUGGAGGCUGUUCCUCAUGUGCUGCAGAUCCUGGGUUUGGGCUCAAAGCGUUUGUUGACGUUGACUCAUCGUGCUCAGGUGAAACGUUUCACUCAAGACCUGCUGAAGUUGCUGAAGUUUCAGGCCAGUAAACAGGUGGUGAUCAGGGACUUCAUGCAGGCGUAUCACUGGUGUUUCUCCAAGAACUGGCAGGUAUUUCAUCAGUGUGUUCGCUUGUCACGCUUUGAAAGUGACCGAACGAUUUCCUUCAUUCCACCUGACGGAGAUUCUGAACUCAUGUCAUACCGCAUCAACACACACGUGAAGCCGCUCAUUUGGAUCGAGUCUGUUAUCGAGAAGUUCUCUCACAGUCGAGUGGAGAUCAUGGUGAAGGCUAAAGGGCAGUUUAAAAAGCAGUCUGUAGCUAAUAAUGUUGAGGUUCGUGUUCCUGUGCCGAGUGACGCAGACUCUCCAAAGUUUAAAACUAGCACAGGUCACGCUAAAUACGUUCCUGAGAAGAAUAUGGUGGUGUGGAGUAUUAAAUCAUUCCCGGGUGGAAAAGAGUUUCUGAUGCGAGCUCACUUUUGCCUGCCGAGUGUGGAAAAUGAUGAAAAGGAGGGAAAACCUCCGAUCACAGUGAAGUUUGAGAUCCCAUAUUUCACUGUGUCGGGUAUACAGGUACGAUACAUGAAGAUUAUUGAGAAGAGUGGCUAUCAGGCACUACCGUGGGUGCGCUACAUCACUCAAAGUGGAGAUUAUCAACUGAGGACAAACAGCUAAUGAGUGCUGCAGUGUUUCGGCCUUGCAUAUACACUUAAGGGACUGACAGUUGCACAUGUGUUUUGACAAAUUUAUGUGAUAUGCCUAUAGAUUUUAUUGUCUGUCAAAAAGAUUUUCUUUUUAAGGAAAACAAGAUUACUGUGUAAAUUGUUGAUGCUGAAUGUAAACAAACCAACCAUUUCAGUCAUAAUGAAUGUGCACCAAAUUGUUCAAUGUCAAUCAUUUUUGUUCAUCCUAAUAUUGCAAUAAAUAAAAUGUUUUUGUGGGUAUUUCCCAGACUUUACUGUGAGUUAUUCCA